GUCCAAAGAUAGUAUGUACCAUGCACUUGGAUACAGCACUAUCUUAGUUAUGCAAGCUGCAAUGACCUUUGAACAGCAGGAUAUACAAAUGGGAAUUUCUACAAUGAAGGAUGCUUUGCAAACCUGCCAAAGAUUCAGGAAGAGAAGCACAGUGGUGGAAUCCUUGUCCAAUCUAGUGUCUAAACAGACAGUGGACCAGUUGAGUGAAGAGGAAAUGCAUGCUGAAAUCUGCUAUGCUGAAUGCUUAUUACAAAAAGCGGCUCUCACCUUUGUACAGGAUGAAAAUAUGAUCAACUUUAUCAAAGGUGGCCUCAAAAUUAGGACAAGUUACCAAAUAUACAAGGAAUGUCAUCAGGUGCUACAGAUGACUCAGGGGAACAAAAGCAAAAAUGAAACGUACUUCCAGUUUGAAGGAGGAGUAAAACUUGGAAUUGGAGCAUUCAACUUGAUGCUGUCACUUUUACCAGGAAGGAUCCUCCGACUUUUAGAAUUCAUUGGAUUUUCUGGCAAUAGGGAGUUGGGCCUCUGCCAACUACGGGAAGGCGCAUCUGGCAACAGUUUGAGGGCCAUUCUGUGUACUUUCACCCUGUUGGUUUAUCAUACUUACGUCUCCUUAAUCCUUGGUACAGGGGAAGCCAAUCUUCAUGAAGCAGACAGUCUCCUUGAACCCUACCUCCAGAAAUUUCCAAAUGGUUCCAUUAUUCUCUUUUAUGCUGCCAGAAUAGAUACAUUGAAAGGAAAUUUUGAAAAGGCACAAUUGAGGUUCCAAGACUGUAUAGCAGCCCAGCAAGAGUGGAAACAGAUUCAUCAUCUCUGUUACUGGGAACUGAUGUGGUGCUACACCUUCCAGCAGGACUGGCUUAAAGCAUAUCGGUAUGCAGACCUGCUCAGCAAAGAGAGCAGGUGGUCUAAGGCGAUAUAUGUAUUCCAGAAGGCAGCAAUUCUUUGCAUGCUUCCAGAGGAUGAUUUGAAGAGUACUGGUGAGGACAUAGUGUCUUUAUUCAGACAAGUGGAUGGCCUAAAACAGAGAAUUGCAGGAAAAUCUAUCCCAACUGAGAAGUUUGCAGUAAGGAAAGCUCGACGCUAUGCAUGUCCUCAACCAGUGAAGCUGAUACUACCUGCCUUGGAAAUGAUGUAUGUCUGGAAUGGAUUUGCAAUUGUGGGCAAAAGAGCAGAUCUCACUGAAAACUUACUGGUUACAAUUGAAAAAGAAGAAACUGCUCUACAAAAUGAAACUAAUCACAAUGAAUACUAUGUGGAUGAUGCGUGCAUGUUGCAGCUACUGAAAGGCCUCUGCCUGAAACACUUGGGAAGACUCAUGCAAGCUGAAUUAUGUUUCAGUAAAGUAAUUCAAAGUGAGAAGCAAAUAAAAUAUGACAGUUACUUGGUGCCAUUCACACUGUAUGAAUUGGGUCUGCUGUACAAACAACAGGACGAGAGAGAAAAAGCAAUAAGAUACAUAGAAACUGCAAAAAACAACUACAAGGAAUACUCUAUGGAGUCCAGGUUGCAUUUCAGAAUUCAUGCAGCACUUGACAGCUUGAAGGUGUCACCUGCUUCAACACCUUGA